AUUCUUUGAUUUGGUUCGGUUUUAAUGCCGAUUCAAGAGCAAAACAAUACAGUACCGAUGCAGAUGCAAAUUCAGUCUAAUAGUAUCAAGUGCGUGGUACUUUAAAUUUGAAAGGAUUAGUGGUGCAACUGUAAGUGACGAAGGAUGUCCGGGCACGUCAACCAAGGAUUUUCUGGAGAUGGUACAAAUGGAAAUCAUAAUGAUUAUCCAGGAGCCGAAAGCAACAAAGAUGUUGCUAGAAAAAGCAAAGACAACGGAUUCUUUACAAUCGAAUUAAGUGAUCAGAAAAAGUCGAUAGAAGCAGGCGAAUAUGAUCCGUAUAGUUGGCGAGAUGUGGAACACCCCACCACGGAUACAGAAACCUUCUUGCAUCUUCUCAAAGGAAGUCUCGGAACAGGAAUUCUCGCCAUGCCGAUGGCCUUCUACCACUCAGGAUACCUCUUGGGAGCAGUAGGGACGGCGGUUAUCGGAUUUCUAUGUACUCACUGUAUUCAUCUUCUGAUAAGAUCUGAAUAUGAGCUGUGUAAAAGACGGAAAGUGGCUGUGAUGUCCUACCCGGAAACCGCCUUGGCCGGCUUCCAAGAAGGACCUCCAUUUCAACGACGGAUCGCUUUUAUAGCGCCGCACAUGGUAAACGUAUUCCUUCUAAUUUAUCAACUGGGUUCUGGUGCUGUGUACACAAUCUUCAUCGGAGAUAACAUCUCAGGCGUUUUCGCAGCACACGGUAUCACCGUCAACGUAAAAUUAGUAAUGUUGGCUGCCCUUCUACCUCUGAUACUGAUCAACUGCGUGAAAAAUUUGAAAUAUCUAGCACCACUGUCUACGUUCGCCAAUAUUAUCACAAUGGUCAGUUUUGGAAUCAUCGCUUACUACAUGUUCAGCAGGGACUUUACCUUUGAUGGCAAAGAACCGUUCGGGGAGGUGAAGAAUUAUCCCUUGUUUUUCGGAACUGUUUUGUUUGCGUUAGAAGCAAUCGGUGUGAUAAUGCCACUAGAAAAUGAAAUGAAAACGCCGCAAAACUUUGGAAGCCCUUUUGGAGUUUUAAACAAAGGUAUGGUUGUCAUCACUAUCUUAUACACGUCGAUGGGAUUCUUCGGAUAUAUCGCAUAUGGCAGCUCAGUUCAAGGUUCUAUAUCAUUGUCGAUUGGGGAUGAUAUACCAGGCCAAAUAUGCAGAAUUUUAUUGUCUAUGUCCAUUUACGUCACUCACGGUCUUCAAUUGUAUCCUGCCAUUAAAACUGUAUGGGACAUAUAUUUAUUACCAUUGCUUAGCGGAUCAAACCAUUUGGUACUUUUGGAAUACGUCACGAGAGUUUUCUUGGUUACUUUUUGUUUUGUCCUUGCGGUAGCAGUUCCUUACAUUGAUCUCUUCAUCUCCCUAUUCGGAGCAUUAACUCUCUCAGGACUAGGACUCUUCAUCCCGGCUAUGGUGGACAUGGGCACUUACUGGCACCAACGUACCGGCAAGACGUUUAUAUUUACCAUGAUCAAGAACUGUCUUAUCAUCUUGUUGGGAUUCUUUGGACUUGUCGUGGGCACGUCCACGAGUUUGAACGAAAUCAUUAAUAAAUUCUCCGAAGCGUAAAAAAAUUAAAAAGUUGGUAGAUGUUCUACCAAGUUACGAAAAGUAUUACGUGAAUUUCACCUGAUUUUGUUGGUAGAAUUCCACAUGGAAAAGAAAUUUUCUUUGUGAAGCUGUGAUCUUUAACGAAAGCAACUAUGUGAUAUUUUUACGUUAAAUUUACGUUGAGAGACACCUCAAAUUAUACAGGUGAGAUUAAUGUAAGUUUCACGCAACUGUCACGAAAUUUUGUGUGAGUUAGUUUUGGUGAUCAACAUGCGGGUGAUAGUAGAAUAAGGCUCAAUGAUUGUAAAUAUUUUUAUAUAUGUAGUUAUAAUUAUGUCCUAAGAAUAUGUGCAAUAUUUGCAAUAAAGAGUAACUAUUUUUAAUA